AAAAUGCAACGUAACAGGAUUAGAAAAAUAUGAGACCGGCUUUUAAAAACUCUUAUUUCAACCUCUCUCGAUCCUUAAACCCUAAUUCUAAGAUACCCAUCUUCUUCCCUCUCCACGCAUUCCUCACCCUCUCUACCUUUCAAUCACCGACGUUUCGAUUCGCAAGCGGUUCGUUUCGUACUCUUUCUCCCUCUCUCUCUCUCUGCUCCUCUUCGAUGGCGGGUGGCGGUGAAGCCCAAGCUCCCACUUCGUCCCUUUCGCUGGAGAAGCAGUUCGAGGACUUCCGAGUUCAGCUCCAAGAGUCCGGAAGCUUGCGCGAGCGUAUUCGAGCUAUGGCGAUGGAGAUCGAGUCCACCACCAGGCUCAUGUAUGCCAGUCUCCUUCUAGUCCACCAGUCUCGCCCAACUCCUGAGCUUUUAGAGAAGGCCAAAGCGCAGAUUGGUGUACUGAAGGAGCUUUACAAUCGACUUUCUGAGGUUCUUCGUGAAUGCGAUGGGCAGUACUACAGGUAUCAUGGCGAUUGGAGGAGUGAGACACAGACCGUAGUUUCGUUGCUUGCUUUCAUGCAUUGGUUGGAAACAGGAAGUCUUCUUAUGCACUCUGAAGCCGAGGAAAAACUUGGGUUGAACAAUUCUGGGUUUGGCCUGGAUAUUGAAGAUUAUCUUGUUGGUGUCUGUUUCAUGUCCAAUGAAUUGCCAAGGUACGUGGUGAACCAAGUGACGGCUGGAGACUAUGAUUGCCCAAGAAAGGUGCUGAAGUUCUUAACAGAUCUUCAUGCAGCCUUUCGUAUGCUUAAUCUUCGAAAUGAUUUUUUGCGCAAGAAGUUUGAUGGUAUGAAGUAUGACCUAAAAAGAGUUGAAGAAGUAUACUAUGAUGUUAAGAUUCGAGGUCUGACGGCCAAUGGUGAUCCAAUUGAAGAACAAGGCAAUCAUGGGGAAUCUUAGAGUACAGUAGUUGGCAGGUUUGUGUUGCGAACCCCAAGUUGUCUGUCAAAAUCAGGGACUACUGACGAGGGUUUUGACCUUUGUAUUUACCACAAGCAUUAGGUUUUUUAAGUUUUUCAAGGACUGUAAUGCCUAUAAAACGGAAGAAAAAAAAUUACAAGCAUUUUUUUCCCAUCAACAUAGAAGGCUGUAUAAUUCAGCAACUACUGGGGGCAA